AUGGGCGGCGAGGAGGACCUGCCUGCUGACAUCAAGAAAGAGAUUGUGACAAAAGCCGUCUAUUCUGCAAGAGCCCCGAAGACCGGGGACGAGGUCGAGAUCCGCUUCGCAACCGUGGUGGCCAACUGGCCCGUGCACCAUGGUAGCGGUGUUUGCUUCACGCUGGGCCGCGGGGAGGUCAUGGAAGCCUGGGAUCGCAUCGUGGCGACCAUGAAGAAGGGUGAGACAUCCAAGUUCACGGUGCCCGAGAUGUACCUCUCAGGAGGUCCCGAUCGAUUUCGGGAGAAGCUUCCAGAUGAUGGACAGGACGUCAUCUUCGAGAUCGAGCUGGUAGCUGUGAGAAGCAUCACCGACCUUUUCGGAGACGGAGGCGUGGUACAGAGACUUCUGCUGGAGGAGGAUGCCUAUGGUCCAUCUCCGAAAGUCACGGAUGAGGUCCAGAUAAACUACGCGCUGGCGCUCAAAAGCGCACCAGAAGAGUUGCUCGAAGAGCGGCUUCACGUCGACUUUCGGAUGGCAAGCUCCAGUCUGAACACGCUGCUAUGCUCCAAGGCCAUCCACAAAGCCCUGUUGUCCAUGAAGCCCAAGACGUAUGUGCAGCUUACAUGUCGCAGUGAUUAUGCAGCGGGCGCUGCUGGCGACGAGGACCGGGGCAUCCCGCCUAACACUGACGUCCUGGUCAGAAUAGAGCUGGUGCAGAUCUACGAGUUCGAGGAUGCAGGCAAGAAAGCCUUCUGGGAGGAGAACUUGGUCAUGAAGAAAGCCAUCGUCACUGUGCCAAGUCGACUCUGCCCGGGCUUUGAUGGCACCUGGUGCAAGGUGAAGGUCCUCAGCGCGAAGGUGGGUGAGGAGGAGAAAGUGACCGAAGAAAUCAUGGUCAACACCAUCGUUGGCAAUGGUGAGAUGUGUGACGCAUUGGAGGGAGCCUGUGCCCGAAUGCGCAAAGGAGAAGUUGCGUUGGUUACAGUCAAGCCCAUCCCAUCUCUCCACACGCCGGGGAUCCCGAGCCUCGAGAUCUCUGCUGGGGCUGGUGAUGUGGUGUACAAGCUGGAGAUGGUGGACUUCGGCCAUCCUCCACCAGAGGAGGGGCCAAGCGACUCUACCAAGUUGCUGGAGUUCUGCCAGAAGCAGAAAGGACGAGGCUCAGAUCACUUCAAGGCAGGGCGCGUCCGCCUCGCGUACGAGAGAUACUCGAGGGUCGUCGCCCUGCUUCCGCGCUACAAGCGGCCGCUGGGCAGUUCCACCAGCGUGGAGGUCUUCGAAGAUCCAAGGGAGCGAAAAGCCGCAGAGGAGCUCAAGAACACCUGCCGACUCAACCUUGCUGCGUGCGCGCUGAAGCUGGACCUUGCGUACUCCGCCGCUCGAUUCUGCGACGAGGUGCUGAAGGAGGACCCCAGGAACGUCAAGGCGCUGUACCGGCGAGCACAGGGCCGACUGGGCUCCAAGGACUUCGAGGAGGCGGUGAGCGACUGCAAGGCCAUCCUCGAGCUCGAGCCGGGCAACAAAGACGCCCGGCUCCUCGCGCAGAAGGUCCGACAGGAAGAGAAGGAGCAGCUCCGGAUGCAGAAGGAGCAGUUUGGUGCUUCACUGGUGAGGAAGCUCGCGUAG